AUGAGAGUUUCUAUGGAAAUUACAAACAAGGGUCAACAGAAAAAUCAAUGCGAGAUUUUACAGGACAAAGAUGAAAUAAAGGCAUAUCUGGACUACAAUUAUAUCUCUUCUAUGGAAGCUUGUUGGAAGAUAUUUAAGUUUGACAUGUAUUGCAGAGAGCUAGAUGUUGAAAGUUUGCCAUUCCACUUAGAGAACGAACAAACAAUUGUUUUCGAUCCAACUACAUCAAGAAUUGCUGCAUUUCUGUUAUCUGGUGGAAGAACAACACAUUCAUGUUUUCGAAUUCCUUUAGAUAUCACCGAGGAAAGUACAUGUGAUAUCAAAAAGAGGACACAAUUGGCAAAACUACUUGCACAAACAGCUUUGAUCAUUUGGGAUGAAGCACCCAUGGCAAACAUGUACUACUUUGAAGCUCUUGAUAGAACUCUGAAAGAUAUUUUGUCUAAAAAAAAUCAAUCAAACAUAGAUAGAAUAUUUGGAGGCCUCACCGUUGCCCUGGGUGGUGAUUUCAGACAGAUUCUACCAGUUAUACCAAAAGGGAAAAAACAUGACGUAAUAGAGGCCUGUUUAUCGUCAUCUUCCCUUUGGAAACAUGUAACCGUGUUAACACUUACAGAGAACAUGAGGUUGAAGACAACUUGGUGA